AUGGAUAGUCAAGAGAACACCAAUAUGUUUGAGAAAGAUGAGUUCGAUCAAGAAAUCACAAAUCCAAAGUUUGAAAGCACUUGGAAACUUGUUUGUUUGACACUUGGACUUGGUGGUUUACAAGGCGUCUUUGCGGUGCAAUUUGGAAAGGGAUCUGAAUACUUAACGAGCCUAGGAAUUAGCAAAUCGUUGCAAUCACUCGUGUGGCUUGCCGGCCCACUUUCGGGUGCAGUUCUCCAACCAUACUUUUGUCUUCUUAGCGAUGAGUGUCGCUCAGAAUGGGGUAGACGAAGACCAUUCAUUGUCUUUGGCAGUGCAGCGAUCAUUCUUUCCUUACUCGGACAAGCUUGGAUCCCCGAUAUGAUCAAUGCAACUACACAUCAGCUCAGUCUCAAGCCAGGAAGCAAAACAAUAGAAACUCUCAUCGCGGCAACUGUCAUACUUUUCGUAAUUAUUCUCAAUAUUGCAAUACAGCCGGUCCAAGGAUGUCUCCGGGCUUUGAUUGUGGACUCUUGUGUCCAGGAACAACAGGAUGCUGCGAAUGCUUGGGCAGGUCGUAUCAUCAGCAUUGCGAACGUUUGGAGUUAUUUAUGUGGAUACAUCGAUCUUCCAUCUUUAUUUCCGUGUUUUGGAAACACGCAAUUUAAGGUUCUAUGUACCAUCACCACUUUCGUACUGAUUGGUACGAUUACUACUACAUGUUGGACAACGACGGAAACUCCAUGUAGGACGAGUAAUCUAGCACUUGAUCACAGUAAGGGAACUGUCCACAGAAUUGUUAAGCUUUUGAGCAGCUUUCGAGCCCUAUCUACACAACUACAAUGGGUCUGUGUAGUACAAUUCUUUGCAUGGAUGGGUUGGUUUCCGUUCCUCUUCUAUAUUGAUCUUUUUAUCAGAGAUAAAUCUCUAGCAAAAGCGUCGAAUUUUACAGUUCAGGGAGAAUCCAUGUCGAUCGAUAUAGCAAGCAGGACAGGCUCUCUUGGUAUGCUUAUAUUCGCCAGUGUAUCAUUGUUCUCAAGUGUCACCAUCCCACUACUUGCUCGACCGGUCAAUCACGCCCAGCGACACAAUAAUCAGUGUCCAUCGCCGUGGCACAUUCAACUACUUAAAAGUUUGUUUGACACACGAAUUGGCAUUCGCGACAUUUGGACAAUUUCACACAUCAUCUUCGCAACUUGUAUGCUCGCCACUUUACUCGUCUCUUCCAUCUCAGGAACCUGCAUUCUGGUUGGUAUUGCGGGUAUUAGCUGGGCAGUCACCAUAUGGGCACCAUUUGCAAUCAUCAGUAUUGAACUUUCGGUUAUCAAUGACGCUGACGAAGGUACGGACGACAGUCAGUCUUCGCCACAGGUUGGGAUGGUGAUUGGAUUACACAAUGUGGCCAUAGCGGUACCUCAGAUAGUCGCUGCUCUUGUUUGUGGUCUUGUAUUUGCUUUAUUUGAUGGUCCUGGGUCCGCUGGAGGAGAAGAAAGUGUUGGCUGGGUGCUUAGGAUAGGAGGGAUUUCGGCUUUGGCUGCUGCUUAUUCCACAACGAGACUUGAUUGUGGUGGGAAAAAGAGUUAUAGCAGGUUGCAACAGGUGUAA